AUGGUUAGAAUCCAUGCAUUAUUGAUUUCUACCUUGCUUCUAUUCAUUCUCUCACUAUCAACGUCGGCAUCAUCCUCAUCUUUGGAGUUUGGCUUCUAUAAGAAAACAUGUCCAUCUGCUGAAGCAAUUGUUAGAAGAGCUGUAAACAAAGCCGUUUCACUAAAUCCAGGCAUUGCUGCUGGUUUGAUUAGAAUGCAUUUUCAUGAUUGCUUUGUAAGGGGAUGCGACGGUUCUGUAUUAUUAGAAUCCACACCAGGUAAUCUAUCUGAGAGAGACCAUCCGGCAAACAAUCCAAGUUUACGUGGCUUCGAGGUCAUCAAUGAAGCUAAGGCACAAAUAGAGGCCGCGUGUCCUAAAACGGUGUCAUGUGCAGACAUUCUUGCUUUUGCAGCUAGAGACAGUACUCGCAAAGUUAGUGGCGGCAUAGACUACUCGGUACCAUCAGGACGCAGAGAUGGUCGAAUCUCUAUCAUGGAAGAAGUCACACAAAAUCUACCACCACCAACUUUCAAAGCGGAGGAACUUAUCAAACGUUUUGCCAUGAAAGGUUUAUCAGCAGAUGAAAUGGUUACACUUUCUGGAGCUCAUUCUAUUGGUGUCUCACACUGUUCCUCUUUCUCAAACCGGUUAUACUCUUUCAAUGCUACAUUUUCUCAAGAUCCUUCAAUGGACCCUAAGUUUGCUACGUUGUUGAAAUCCAAGUGUCCACCACCACAAUCACAGACAAGAGACCCAACAGUGGUGUUGGAUGGCUCAACGCCUAAGGAUUUGGACAACAUGUACUAUAUGAAGUUGAAGAAUAAGCGUGGUUUAUUAACUUCAGAUCAAACAUUGGCUGAUAGUGACUUAACAAAGAGAAUGGUGUUAAAAAAUGGCAGACAUAAUGCAAUAUGGAGAGUCAAGUUUGCAAAGGCCAUGGUGCAUAUGGGUUCCAUACAAGUCUUGACAGGUUCUCAAGGUGAGAUUAGAGAGCGCUGCAGCACUGUUAAUUUUUAUUAG